GUCAAACUAAAAAUGUAUGCAACUAUAAAAAUGGGAUUUGAUUAUCUUUUUAGUACCGAAGCCUACCAACCACAUGCACACUAAUUCUACUCGCCAAAUAAAGUGAAAAGAGAUGGCUGAUGGAGGAAAGGUGGUCUGCGUAACCGGAGCUUCCGGUUACAUAGCGUCUUGGAUCGUCAAGCUUUUGCUCUUCCGUGGCUACACCAUCAAUGCCACCGUUCGAGACCCAAGUUUGAAUUCCUUCUUCUCUCUUUCUUUUUUCCUCCUGAUUUCUCCUUAGUAAUAUCGAAGACAAUCCCUCUUUGUCACUCACUUGAAUAAUCAAAGUUAUCUAGAUGCUUUUUAGAGAUACAAGUGACAAUUCAGAGAAAAUUAAGAAUAUUAGCUAAGCAAAUCCAACUAUCCAAGAGAAAGUAUUUUGUAGGUACUUGGUACGAUUAAGAGUUGGUUCUAUGGCCAAAAAAGUAUGUUUUUGGUUUCAUUCUCUAAAAGGAAGUAUACAUUAACAAACGAAAAUUCAAAUGAACUCACAUGUAGUGGAUAUAGAUGGGGUGAAACUUUGGUCGAUGUUUAGAGCCAAAAACUAAAUAAGCAUUUAUGUUAUCUUGAAGUGCACUUUGACAUAUAUGUGUUUUUCUCCAGAAGAUCGAAAGAAAACAGAUCACCUUCUAGCACUUGACGGCGCAAAAGAAAGACUCAAAUUAUUCAAAGCAGAUCUUCUAGAUGAAGGUUCUUUUGAGCUCGCAAUUGAUGGAUGCGAGACUGUCUUCCACACUGCUUCACCGGUUGCAAUCACUGUCAAGACUGAUCCUCAGGUUGAGCUGAUCAAUCCAGCCGUCAAUGGUACUAUUAACGUCCUAAGAACUUGCACUAAAGUGUCUUCUGUCAAGAGGGUCAUCUUAACAUCGUCCAUGGCCGCAGUUCUUGCGCCUGAGACCAAGUUGGGACCAAACGAUGUAGUAGACGAAACCUUCUUCACUAAUCCAAGUUUUGCUGAGGAGAGAAAGCAAUGGUAUGUACUUUCUAAGACUUUGGCCGAAGAUGCAGCAUGGCGAUUUGCCAAGGACAAUGAGAUCGACUUGAUCGUACUGAAUCCGGGACUUGUGACUGGACCAAUCUUGCAGCCAACUCUUAAUUUCUCGGUAGCUGUGAUUGUGGAACUUAUGAAAGGCAAGAAUCCUUUUAAUACUACACAUCAUAGGUUCGUGGACGUGAGAGAUGUUGCUCUAGCUCAUGUAAAGGCACUCGAGACUCCUUCAGCCAAUGGCAGAUAUAUCAUUGAUGGUCCGGUUGUGACAAUAAAAGACAUUGAAAACGUUUUGCGCGAAUUCUUUCCUGAUUUGUGUAUUGCUGAUAGGAAUGAAGACAUUACUGAGCUGAAUUCAGUGACUUUCAAUGUGUGUCUGGAUAAAGUGAAAAGUUUGGGAAUAAUUGAGUUCACUCCUACAGAAACAAGCCUUAGAGACACUGUUCUUAGUCUCAAGGAGAAAUGUCUUGUGUGAUCUUCUUUAUUGUUUUUGGUUACUUGUUAUUCCUUGCAGGUCUAUAUACAUUUCACAAAUUAUAAUUAAGUCUUACAUGUUAUUUAAAACCAAUAUAAAUCUUAUGUUUAUGUCCCUAGGCCCUAAUUAACUAAACUAACAUAUAUCGUUACGUUGUAGUUAGUAAUAUCGAUUGGUGUAGUUCAAUACAAAUUUGUUAGGAAAAAACGACCCUUGAAUUGGAUAAUUAAGUAUAAUCGUCUAACUAUUCAUUAUGAAGAAAAAGAAAUUGAAAAAAUUAACUCAUUGAUAUUUUAUUUAUUCCAUUACUUG